UAAAAAGAGGCCAAAAUCUUUCAAAGAAAAAAAGAGGCCAAAAUAACAAGGGCAUGAAAGUCCUAAAAAGUGUCAAAGAGAUCUGAGCACCAGACUCUUCCCAAAAUCACAGCUGCCCUGACGAGUCGGGGCGGAGCUUCCCUCUCGCCACCUUCGUAAUUCACCCGUCUGCAGGAAAAGACAGACCCCUCACCCCAUCAAAACAACUCCCGAAUCUGCCUACCGACUGCUUUCAACCCCGAUGCCCCUUUUAGCCCGUCGGGUGUGCAUCUGACCCGACCCAGCUGCAUCAUAUCUUGCCACUUCCGGCAAAGAAAAACUCCACUUCAAACUCCCCACUUUUAUCCUAACUAGCAACUAACACGGCCGGAACCCCUCGUAUCCAGAAGCGUUUCCGGCCAUUGACCUCAUUGCCGGUCAACCAUACAUCACCUGGAGUCCCCGGCUUGUGUGCUAGGCGUGUCCGCGCAUCUUACACGCGAGUUCUCACAAGGUUUGGCGUAUCCGUACUUCAUAACUUUUGCGAGGUAUUGUGUUUUGCAGUUGGGGAAAAAAUAAAAAAAAAUUAAAAAAAAUAAAUAAAAACCAAUACAUUGUGAAUUGUUAAAAAGGAGAUGAUGAGUAGUACUGCGAUGAGUGAGCCAGCUAACACAGCUACUCGUACAGUAUAUGGAGUAUCAGAACCAAUAUCUACUGGUGGCCCAACAGAGAUUGAUGUAGUGAAGAACAACGAAUUGGAAAAAUUUCUUGCAGAUGCUGGACUGUAUGAAAGUCAAGAAGAAGCCAUUAGAAGGGAAGAAGUCCUCGGGAGAUUGGAUCAGAUUGUAAAGAAGUGGGUAAGAAAUGUCAGUCGUGCGAAAGGACAUAGUGAACAUCUCGCACAGGAAGCAAAUGCAAAAAUUUUCACAUUUGGUUCAUACCGGCUGGGGGUACAUGGCCCUGGUGCAGAUAUUGACACAUUAUGUGUGGGACCAAGAUAUGCUACUCGAGAAGACUUCUUUGGCGAGCUUCAUAAUAUGUUGUCCGCGAUGGAUGAGAUCCAGGAGUUACACCCUGUUCCUGAUGCUCAUGUUCCUGUGAUGAAAUUCAAGUUUAAUGAAAUAUCUAUAGACCUUCUUUAUGCAAAUGUUGCACUCUGGGUUAUCCCUGAGGACUUGGAUGUUUCACAAGUAUCCAUAUUGCAUGGUGUAGAUGAGCAGACUGUUCGUAGUCUUAAUGGGUGCAGAGUUACUGAUCAAGUUUUACAUUUAGUUCCAAAUAUUAAGAGUUUUCGUACUACAUUGAGAUGUAUGAGAUUGUGGGCAAAGCGGCGUGGAGUUUACUCAAAUGUUACUGGCUUUCUUGGUGGCAUUAAUUGGGCACUGCUUGUAGCUCGCAUUUGCCAACUAUAUCCUAAUGCAAUUCCUAGCAUGUUGGUGUCUCGAUUCUUCAGGGUUUAUAGCAUGUGGCGUUGGCCAAACCCUGUUUUGCUUUGUCCAAUUCAUGAAGGGUCUCUAGGACUUUCAUAUUGGGACCCCAGGAGAAAUUUCAAAGACAGGACACACCUAAUGCCUAUAAUAACCCCAGCAUAUCCUUGCAUGAACUCUAGUUACAAUGUAUCCACAAGCACACUACGCGUGAUGACAGAAGAAUUCCAUAGAGGAAAGGACAUUUGUGAGGCAAUAGAGGCAAGCGGAGCAAGCUGGCUGAAUCUCUUUGAGCAUUUUGCCUUUUUUGAAGCCUACAAAAAUUAUUUGCAAAUAGACAUAUCUGCUGAGAAUAACGAUGAAAUGAUGAAUUGGAAAGGCUGGGUUGAGUCUAGAAUACGCAUGCUUACUCUGAAGAUUGAGAGGGACACGAGUGGGGUACUUCAGUGCCACCCCUGUCCUGGAGAAUUUUCAGAUAAAGACAAACCAUUUCAUCAUUCUUACUUCAUGGGAUUACGUAGAAAACAAGGAACUAAUCCUCAACAAGGUGAACAGUUCGAUAUAAGGCUGACAGUUGAGGAUUUUAAACGUGAUGUAUAUCAAUACUCUUUCUGGAAAUCAACAAUGUCAAUUCGUGUGUGCCAUGUAAAACGAAAAAACAUUCCUAACUUCGUCUUCCCUGGGGGAAUUAGGCCUCCCUCACAACUUGCAAAGCCACCUUCUACUACUGCUAGAGUCACGCCCACUGUAAUCCAAAAGAGAAAACAGGAUGAUGUUUUAUGUGGUAGUGAUGCAACUUUGCCGAGUGAAACCAGAGAGGCAAAAAGAUUGGAAGCAGCUGAUGUUGAUGACACCUCAAGCAGCUCUGGCCUUGCUGAGGUGGUAUCCAUCAGAAUCAGAUCAUCACCUGCCAUACCUUUACCAGGUGAAGCAAUGACAGAGAGGCUCCUUGCCAAGCAAUCUUUACAGCCAAUUGUUGACCAACCGGAUUCCUCUCAACCUUUUGAUGGGCUUGGAGAUGAAGAGUUGAAUGAUAGAGGAUGCUCUUUAUUUGAUACACCGGAAAAGGAAGGAGCUGAAGCAGUUGUAGCUUCAGAUAAAGGGGACGAGACUGGCAAUUCUUCUCAUUCUUUGAAUGAUGAAAGCUUGGAAGAGCUUGAGCCUGCUGAACUGAAUGCUCCACCUUCGGGCAUGGCAACUACACCGGCAUUAGUUAAUACUCAAAAGCCGAUGAUAAGGCUGAGCUUCACUUCUUUAAGGAGAACAACUGAGAAUGGUGUCUAAGACCAGGCCGUCAGAGAUGCUGAAUAUUCUUUACCUUUUCUCUCAGGACCUGCUAGUGUGUGUACUGUUUACAAUAAUGUAAUUUCCCCCCUUUUAUCAAAUAAUUGUAUCAGAUUCGAAGUAUAAUGAUAUCACCAUUUACCUGCCUCUUCUCCAGUUCUCCUUCUGCACUUGCUGGUUACUAUGAUGAGAAUAUUGAAGUGACUAUUUAUUAAUGUUCAAUAACC